UCUUGUAAGACUCGAAAGCAAAUCUGCAGGGAUAUUUUGGGCAUUUCACAGUCCAUCUUCUUCCAUUCCACCCCAUCUAUCCCUUGGUUGGGAAAGGAGAAACUUCAGCUUGCGCUGGAUUGGUGAAGAAGAGAGAGCUAUGGUGGGUUCAGCUGUGCCUCAGCCUCAUCAUCAACCAUCCAAGUUCUUCCCCUUUCCACUUCCGAUAUCCAGAGUGGGUCCCACUCCCGGCCACCUCAUCACCACCGCAGCCUCCCUCCGCCUCGGCCGCUUCCUCCGCCACCGCUUCUCCGUUCCCCAUCACUCUCUCCGUCUGGGCUUUCUGCUCCAAUCCUCGCUCAUGGAUCUCUCUUAUCAGGGUUAUGUGCCACAUUUAAAAGAUGUUUGGCAUGAAAGCUCCAGCAGAUUCAAAACCAUUAAUUUUCUUCAGUGGCCGGAAGAUGCUGUUUCAACUGCAUUAUCAUCUUGGUUUUUUAGUGGAGAAGGAAGUGGAAAGAAUUCCGGAGAUAUAAGGUCAGACUUGCAGACAUCCAGAAGAAUUUCAUUUAGUGGCAGGGGAUUGACCGACAUUCUUCUUAUGAUCAAUGUAUUGGUUUACAUUGCUCAAAUUGCAACACAAGGGAAGCUACUUCUAUGGGGUGCCAAGAUUAAUAGUCUUAUUGACAAAGGACAACUGUGGAGGCUAGCUACAUCUUCUCUUCUACAUGCAAAUAUCGGCCACCUCUUGGUUAACUGCUAUUCCUUGAACUCUGUUGGCCCUACUGUGGAGAGUAUUAGUGGUCCUAGAAGAUACCUUGCUGUUUAUAUCACCUCUGCUAUUGCAAGUUCAGCAAUGAGUUAUUGGCUCUGCAAAUCACCCGCGGUUGGUGCAUCAGGAGCAAUUUUUGGAUUGGUUGGAUCUUUCGCGGUGUUUGUCUUGAGGCAUAGAGGCCUGGUGAGAGGUGGCAAGGAAGAUCUAAAGCAUAUUGCACACGUCAUUGUUUUGAAUAUGGUUAUUGGUCUUUUAUCCAAAGGCAUUGAUAAUUGGGGUCAUGUAGGUGGCUUAUUAGGAGGAGCUGCAACAUCGUGGUUUCUUGGUCCUGCUUGGAGGUAUGAAUCACUGUCCAAUGAUGGGCGAAAAGUUCUUGCAGAUAGAGCGCCAGUUUUCUCCCUCAUCAACACGAAAAAAAAACAUCGAUAGUGCUACCGUGGACCAGAUUACUGAACCACAAUUCUUUAGCCCUAGAUGAAACAAUGUACAUGCAGAAAAUGGAUGUAAUUGCUUUUUGGCUGUUGCUUCUCCGUGCAUAAACAUCUCAUCAGUGAUCCUUCCAAGUGUGGAAGAAAGUUCCCUUCUUAAUUUGAUCCCAACUUUUGUCCAACAAUCAGUUAAGAAGGAUUGUAUAAAAGGGUUGGGUUUGUGUUGAUUUCUCCAUCCCUUGUGAACGUUAGAUUCAGGGAAAAUGUUCAACAUAACUGUGACAUGGUAUUACAAUUCAAUCAUAUUUUGACAUGUA